UGACCCGCGUGUUGUCGGACGCAGGUGCCCGCAGCCCAGAGCGCUGGGGCUGCCAGGCCGAAGGGCCUCUGUCUGGGGCCGGGAGGCAAAGGCAGAGUCCGCGGCCGGCUGCGGGCUGGGGGGCCGCCCGCCCUGCGGUCCCGCUGGCGCUCAGGGGCUGAAAGUUGUGGACGAUUUUGCUGGUCCUGGCGCUUGUGGCCCUCCGGCGUGGGGCGGCUCUUUGGGGAAAGCGGCUGGAGCUCCUCGCCGAACCUGGAGCCCGGCGUGGUUCUGCCUCGGGUCCCCAUCCAGACCUUCUAAAACACGCCAUAUUCGGGUGAAGAGAAAACACAAAAACGCGGAGCAGCGCAGCUCCGGGCCCAGGCGUGGAGUGAUAACUCAAACACGGAACAUUUUUCUAUCAGAGGAUAAUGGAGCACAAAAUAAUUCAGGAAGGCGAAUGGGCAGGGCCCGAGUGGCAGAGCCCGGCGGCGUGGGGCGGCUGCAGCCCGGGCUGCGCGCCGAGAACCGUGGGAGGACCAUUUCGUUGGAGUGUAGGGCGAGGCAGCAGCCUGGACCGGACCCAGGCCACCCGAGGGGCAGUCUCUAAAUCACGGCCCGUCAGGAGGACUCGGAAACACAAAAAGAGAGCCGAAAGAUUUAAACAGUCGGAGGCAGAGGCGUCCCGACGCGACCAAAGCGAAAAUCAAUCACGUCGGCCUUCUGUGGAGAUGAAGAAAGAAGAGCUUCCAGGGCCUUGGCUGGGCACCAUCUCCGGGCACUGACUUCUGGAAGAUCUCUCUCCUCCUUGCCCCACGUCCUUAAGGAGCCAGCCUUAGAGCGGGGGCUCAACCCCCAGACCUCCAGAAAUGACGUCAGAAUCAUUUGCAUCCCGCUGCCUCUACCUGCCCGGUCCAGCUGGGACCCUGCCUCGCCGACCCCGUGGCCAUAGGGUUGGAGGGGCGCUGCCCAGUGACCUACACAGACCGACACAGGAUCGCCAUGAAUGGAGACCUCUGGAAAAACUCAGGAGACGAGGCCCAUCGGGCCCACCGGAGGCCCACGGGGAGACUCUGGGAGGGGGCUGAACCACAGCCUCCCGAAAGCCCCCCAAAGCCCAGGCUUUGGAAGGGAGCUGGGGGCUUCCCAUCUCCUUUUGCAGGGGAGGGCUGUCAGUCGGCGGGGUGCGCAGUGGGGGUACCUUGGUCCCCGCCUGCUAGCCCCCCAUCACCACCCCCACCACCCCCAGCACCACCACCACCACCACUACACACACAAAAAAAUUGGAUACAUUUUGAAUAAAGCGAUUCGGUUCCUUAUCCGGGGACUGGGUUGCUCCGUGUGAUUGGCCGGCGGAGUCACAUGGUGAAAGUAACUUUACAGGGUCGCUAGCUAGUAGGAGGGCUUUAUGGAGCAGAAAAACGACAAAGCGAGAAAAAUUAUUUUCCACUCCAGAAAUUAAUGAUCAUGAGCUCGUAUUUGAUGGACUCUAACUACAUCGAUCCGAAAUUUCCUCCAUGCGAAGAAUAUUCGCAAAAUAGCUACAUCCCUGAACACAGUCCGGAAUAUUACGGCCGGACCAGGGAAUCGGGAUUCCAGCAUCACCACCAGGAGCUGUACCCACCACCGCCUCCGCGCCCUAGCUACCCCGAGCGCCAGUAUAGCUGCACCAGUCUCCAGGGGCCGGGCAAUUCGCGAGGCCACGGGCCGGCCCAGGCGGGCCACCACCACCCCGAGAAAUCACAGCCGCUCUGCGAGCCGGCGCCUCUCUCAGGCGCCUCCGCCUCCCCGUCCCCAGCCCCGCCAGCCUGCAGCCAGCCAGCCCCUGACCAUCCCUCCAGCGCCGCCAGCAAGCAACCCAUAGUCUACCCAUGGAUGAAAAAAAUCCACGUUAGCACGGUGAACCCCAAUUAUAACGGAGGGGAACCCAAGCGCUCGAGGACAGCCUACACCCGGCAGCAAGUCCUGGAAUUAGAGAAAGAGUUUCAUUACAAUCGCUACCUGACCCGAAGGAGAAGGAUCGAGAUCGCCCACUCGCUGUGCCUCUCUGAGAGGCAGAUCAAAAUCUGGUUCCAAAACCGUCGCAUGAAAUGGAAGAAGGACCACCGACUCCCCAACACCAAAGUCAGGUCAGCGCCCCCGGCCGGCGCUGCGCCCAGCACCCUCUCGGCAGCCACCCCGGGCACUUCUGAAGACCACUCCCAGAGCACCACGCCGCCGGAGCAGCAACGGGCAGAGGACAUUACCAGGUUAUAAAACAUAACUCACACCCUGCCCCCACCCCAUGCCCCCAUCCUCCCCUCACACACAAAUUGACUCUUAUUUAUAGAAUUUAAUAUAUAUAUAUUUUUUGGUUCUUUUCUCUCUUCUUUCCACCUUAUACCUUGUCAAUUCCAAACUGACUAAACAGAUAAACAAGCCCUCUGCCCUUCUCUCCCUUCCACUGUUAAGGACCCUUUUAAGCAUGUGAUGUUGUCUUAGCAUGGUACCUGCUGGGGUUUGUUUGUUUGUUUGUUUGUUUUUUUAAGGCCAUUUGGGGGGGUUAUUUAUUUUUUAAGGAAAAAGCUGCAAAAAUUAUAUAUUGCAAGGUGCGAUGGUCUGGUUUGGGUAAAUUUCAGGGGAAAUGAGGAAAAAAAAGGAAAGAGAGAUUUUUAAGCCAAUUCUCAUCCUUCUCCUCCUCCUCCUUCCCCCCUCUUUCCUUAGGCCUUUUGCAUUGAAAAUGCACCAGGGGAGGUUAGUGAGGGGGAAGUCAUUUUAAGGAGAACAAAGCUAUGAAGUUCUUUUGUAUUAUUGUUGGGGGGGGGGCCUGGGAGGAGAGGGGGGACGACAGCAGACAAAGCUAAAUGCAUUGAAGAGCCUCUCAGAGCUGUGCAGUUUGAGGAGCCAAAAGAAAAUAAAAAUGAACUUUCAGUUCAGAGAGGCAGUCUAUAGGUAGAACCCCCACCCCACUCCACCAUCGUGGUCAUUGUGUUUUUGGACUGAAUUUACUUGAUUAUUGUAAAACUUGCAAUAAAGAAUUUUAGUGUCGAUGUGAAAUGCCCCAUGAUCAAUAAUAAACCAGUGGAUGUGAAUUAGUUUUA